AUGGUGACAACGACGACGACGACGACGCUCGUGGCGUCGGCAGCGGCCGUCGGCCUCGGCGCGCUCGCGCUCAACGCGUUGCUGCCGUCGCCCGAGGUCACGACCCGCCCCGACGUCUUUAGCGCGCCAGACGAGGCCUCGGCGACGCCCGGCAGCGGCCCGAUCUACCGCACGGCCACCCCACUGAGCGUCUCGGCGCCGUACGAGACGAUGCUCGCCGUCCUUGACGCCCAAGUGGCCAAGUAUCCGGAUGCCAACUUCCUCGGCCACCGACCGCUUGACGCCAACGGCGAGGCCGGCGCGUACGUGUGGGCCUCGUACGCGACGGUCUAUGCGCGCGUCCAAGCGUUUGCGUCCGGCCUCUUGCACGAGCAGCUCCUCGCGCCGACGCCCGACGGCCUUCGCGUGCUCUGCGUCUACAUGAAGAACUGCCCCAACUGGAUCGUCGCCGAGUACGGCGCCUUCUACGGCGGCGCGACCGUCGUGCCGCUCUAUGACACGCUCGGGGCGUCCUCGACGGCGUUCAUCCUCCAGCACACGCACGCGAGCACGGUCGUGUGCUCCCGCAACGAGCUCCCGGCCCUCCUCCGCGUCCGGUCGUCCGUGCCGUCGCUGACGACGGUGAUCCUCAGUGGCGACGUGACGCCCGACGACGAGGCCAGCGCGCGUGCUGCCGGCGUGCACCUGACAUCGAUGGCCGCGAUCGAAGCCAUUGGCGCCGCUCACCCUGCGCCGCGCGCCCCGCUCGCCGCCAGCGAUAUGGCCAUCCUCAUGUACACGAGCGGCACGACCGGCGAUCCGAAGGGCGUGCCGCUCACGCACGCCAACAUCCUCUUGUGCUCGUGCUCGAGCGACGCGCGCAUCAAGUACCGCAAGUCCAAAGCCGCGCUGGAAGACCACCCGAUACAUCUCUCGUACCUGCCGCUGGCGCACAUUGCCGAGCAGCUCGCCAAGACACUCACGCUGCGCCACGGCGGGUCCCUCGGGUUCUACCAAGGCGACCCGCUCAAGCUCAUUGACGACCUCAUCGCGUUGCGCCCGACCAUCUUCGCCAGUGUCCCGCGCCUCCUCAACCGCGUGUACGACAAGGUCGUUGGCGCCGGCCUCAGCGCAGGCGGCCUCAAGGGCUGGCUCUUUGCGACCGCGCUCGCGACCAAGCUCGCGAACCUCGAGCGCGGCAUCACGUCGCAUUGGCUCUACGACCGCCUCAUCUUUGAAAAGAUUCGCGCCAAGCUCGGCCUGGACCGUGUUCGGUUUGUCAUUACGGGCUCGGCGCCGCUCUCGUCGGACGUGGCGUCCUUCUACCGCGUGCUGCUCGACUGCCCGGUCGUCGAAGGCUACGGCCAAACCGAGUGCACGGGCGGCGCGACGGCGUCGGAUCCGCGGGAUUUCUCCGCCGGCAACGUCGGCGCACCCUUCGCGUGCGUCGAGAUGAAGCUCGUGUCGGUGCCCGACAUGGGGUACAAUGUGACCGAUACCGUCCACGGCGACUUGCACGUCGCGGGCCGCGGGGAGAUCUGCUACCGUGGCGCGACCGUCUUCAGCGGCUACUUUAAGAACCCCGCAUUGACAAAAGAAGUGCUCGACGAGGAUGGCUGGCUGCACUCGGGCGACAUUGGCGUCUGGACCCUCGACGGCCGGCUCAAGAUCGUCGACCGCAAGAAAAACAUCUUCAAGCUCUCGCAGGGCGAGUACGUCGCCCCCGAGAAGAUCGAAAACAUCAUUGCGUCGAGUGUCUUUGUGAACCAGUCGUUCGUCUAUGGCGACAGCUACCACGCGACGGUCGUCGGGGUCAUCCUCUGCGCCGACCCCAAGAUUAUCGCGCACGUCCUGACCGACAUCCAGCGAGUUAGCAAGACGAGUCAGCUGCUGGGCUUCGAGACGCUCCGUGCGAUUGCGCUGCGCCCAGAGCUCUUUACAAUCGAGGAAGGCCUCGUGACGCCGUCGCUCAAGCUCAAGCGGCAAGCGGCCAAGAAGAUCUUUGGCGACGUCCUUGAUCGCCUCUACGUCGAGACCAAGGACACGGUUGCCGGCAAGCAAAUCAAACAGCAGUAG